GCUAAGCUCCAACAUUGCUGUGUCUGAAGCAUACCACAGCACACGCUUGUCGCGUUUAUAAAAAAAAGGAAUUUCGAAUCUUUUUAAAUUUGACGCGCAAUUUCUUUAGUUUAUUAAUUUAAAUGCAAGUCUAAUUGUUACAAAAAAAAAUGAAAUCUUAUCAAGUUUUUGUUUUAUUCAUCGCCGCUGUGAUCGCACCGACGACUUCGAACACACAGAUAUUUGGAGGUCGUUGUUCCAAACAGGAUCCCAAUGUCGAUGCGUGUUUAUUAAGAAGCUUUAACAAUCUACUAGACUACUUGAAAAGUGGUGCUCCAGAACUCGGAUUGGAAGAGUCAGACGAGAUAGUAAUAGAUGAACUAUCUAUAGCAUUGGGCGGAGGUCCGGAUGGAUACCGCGCUACCUUCAAAGAUAUCCACGCUACAGGAGUCAAUAAUAUGACCAUCACUAAUGUCAGAUCGGACUUAGAAACCCAUCAAUUCCAGUUAACAAUGUUCGGUCCACACAUCAGCGCCAAGGCGCGCUACCGCUCUUCUGGUGUGCUGCUCUUAGUGAGAGCUUCUGGCGGUGGUGACUAUUGGGGAGAGUAUGAUGGUGUGAAGGCCAAGGUGUACUUCCGCGGCGCGCCCUACACGCGCAACGGCCGCACCUACCUGAAGCUGCAGCAGCUGAAGUUGGACUUCUCCGUUAAGGGCAUUCAGAUGGGAGUGGAGAAUCUGGAUAAUAGCAACUCUGUGCUACAGGCGGCACUAAACCUUUUCAUAAACACAAACGCGCAAGAACUCCUAAAGGAGAUGAAGCCAGCGCUCAAACGAGACUUGGCUGAGAAAAUGUCACGAUUCCUUGAUAGAAUCCUCGCAAAAAUCCCUUAUGAUGACUGGAUCAACGAAGAAGAAGCAGAGGAAGAAGAAGAAGAAGAAGAGGAAGAGAAAAAAUAGA